AUGGCCUCUCUGGACCUGCCGUACCGCUGUCCUCGCUGCGGGGAGCACAAGCGCUUUCGAAGCCUGUCGUCCCUACGUGCCCAUCUGGAAUACAACCACACGUACGAGACGCUCUACGUUCUCUCCAAAUCCAACAGUGUGUGUGACGCCGCUGCUCUGCUGCCUCUAGUGGCUGAGGGGGCCCUCCUCACACCAGGCAACAACAACGACCCCUUUGAGCCGCUCCGACCCUCAGCUUUAAACGAGCGCCGCUUUCCCUGUCGGGAGCUCCCUUGUGCCGACGACCUGAGUGUGACCCCGGCUAACUCCAACUCUGCAGCCAGGUAUAUUCCAAAUGUGGAGUUCCCGCUGGGGGAGAUUUUCAUGAAGAAAGCAAUGACAUCCACUGAUCCGGGCCCCCAUGGAAACCCCAGCACAGCCGUAGCCGUGGCAGCCAACGUGGCAGCUAGUGCUGUAGAGGCAGCCUACGAGGAGGGCCUGGCCAGGCUGAAGGCACGGGCGUUUGAACGGCUGGAGUUGGACGAGAGGCUGGAGAAACUGUCAGAGGAGGUGGAGCAGAAAAUAGCGGCCCGUGUAGGCCGUCUCCAGGCGGAGCUGGAGAGGAAGAGCUCUGAGCUGGAGCGGGCCAAGCAGGAGAGCGAACGGCUGAGCCAGGAGAAACAAGACCUGGAGGACAAGGCCUCUGAGCUGUCUCGGCAGGUGGACGUCUCUGUGGAAAUGCUGGCCAACCUCAAGCAGGACCUGGUGAACAAGGAGACAGAGCUGACCCACAAACAACAUGAGGUUGCCCAAAUCGACCACUUCCUCCAGGAGACGGCGGCACGUGAGGCCAAUGCUAAGGUCCGGCUGCAGCAGUUUAUUGAGGAGCUUCUGGACCGGGCCGACCGAGCCGAGAAACAGCUGCAGAUCAUCAGCAGCUGUGGCACCACGCCAAACGGCAGCCUGGGGCGCUGCAGUCUGCAGGCAUCAAAGGGAACUGGACGCCAGAGAAACUCGAGCAUCUCUGGGAGCACAAGAGGGAUGUACCAAGUGUCGGAGAGACGUUCCUCCCCCAGCACAGGAGCCUCAGGAAGGAUGAAGUCCGUCUCGCAGGGUUCUGGAGGUUACGACAGCGACAGCGUCGAGAUGCAUCCCAUGGAGGAGUGUCCCGAGGCGCAGUACUAUCACAUGCAGUGCCGGAUGGGCGAGGGGGGUUACGAGCGUUCCCCGGGGUGCGGAUCCAGAAACUGGGGGCUUCGUAAACAAGCAAUUCAAAACUGGCAGCGGCGACCUUACAGGAACAGCAUGGAGGGCGACGAGGGCGACGUGUCAGACGUGGGCUCCCGGACCACGGAGUCUGAGGUGGAGAUGUGGGAGCAGGAGAGGAGGGCCGUGGCAGAAGUUCAGCAGUCUGCUCCUCCUUAUCCCCACCACAGGGGGGGAGCGUAUCGACCUAAUGCAGCUCGAUCUGACUACAGCAAGCCGUGUCGACAUGAAAAGAGCCCGUCCAAGUCUAACGAGGUGAUCAGUCCAGACAUCCUGAAAAUGCGCGCGGCCCUCUUCUGCAUCUUCACCUACCUGGAUACUAAAACCCUGCUGCGAGCCGCCGAGGUGUGCCGCAACUGGAGGUUUGUGGCCCGUCACCCAGCCGUGUGGACCAGAGUGCUGCUAGAAAACGCUCGCAUUUCUUCCAAGUUCCUGAGCACGUUGUCUCAGUGGUGCACUCAGACACACUCACUCAUCCUGCAGAACCUCAAACCAAGACAGCGCGGCAAGAAGGAAACCAAGGAGGACUACCUUAAAAGCACACGUGGCUGCCUGGAGGAAGGCUUGGAGGCGUUGUUGAAGGCCACAGGAAGCAGCCUGCUGAUCCUGAAGGUUUCCCACUGUCCCAACCUGCUGACCGAUCGCUCCCUGUGGCUGGCCAGCUGCUACUGCCGGGCCCUCCAGGCCGUAACCUACAGGAGCGCUACAGAUCCGGUUGGCCAGGAGGUGAUCUGGGCCCUCGGGGCAGGGUGUAGAGACAUCAUUUCUCUGCAGGUGGCCCCCCUACACCCAUGCCAACAGCCGGCCCGCUUCAGUAACCGCUGCCUGCAGACGAUUGGAAGGUGCUGGCCUCACCUCCGAGCUCUGGGUGUGGGAGGCGCUGGAUGUGGCAUUCAGGGCCUGGCCUCUCUGGCCAGGAACUGCAUGCGGCUGCAGGUGUUGGAGCUGGACCACGUGAGCGAGAUCAACCAGGAGGUGGCAGCAGAGGUUUGCAGAGAAGGCCUGAAGGGUCUGGAGAUGUUGGUGCUCACCUCCACACCCGUCACCCCAAAAGCCCUGCUCCACUUCAACAGUGUUUGCCGCAGCCUUAAGUCCAUCGUGGUUCAGAUCGGUAUAGAGGACUACUUUGAGGACCCCAACAGUCCAGAAGCUAGAAAGCUGUUUGAUGAGAUGGUCAACAAGCUGCAGGCUCUGAAGAAGCGACCUGGCUUCUCCAAAAUCCUCCAUGUGAAAGCAGACAGCCUCUGCUAACAUCUUCUUCAGCUUCUUCAAGUGUCUGAGAGCUGCAGCUGAAGCUCGAGUCAGUCCGAAGGACACGGCCGAGUUUCAGCUGAGGAUGGUGGGAUGGACCUGCUAACACAACCGAGACACGAUCUUAAAUAAAUCUGGAAGAACAAACGUGAAACAGCAACACAAAAUCUCACUAAUAUUUCCUAAGAGUCGACGGGACCUUCAGACCUACAGAGGCACUUUUUACAAGAUGAAAAUGUUGUUUAAACUUUACAAACUGAAGAGG